GUCAUGCAAUGAGCCUGCAGACUCUGACUGCGGAUCGCGGUGAAGCCUUGCUGGCUUCUUGGCGGCCAUCCAUGCUCGCUGUCCAUUCGGAUUCCUCGUCGCUCUUCAUCUUCACUCAUCCACUGCAGCCGCAGCAGCGUCGACUAUAAAGCUACUCGAUACCACACCCACACAGCCAGCGUAACCUUCCUAGCGUCCCUUGUAGCACCGCACUAUCUACAAUCGCCCAUUCAUUGGCAUCGACACGACUCUUAUACAUCAAGACACGCCACAGCAAGGCAUAGCAUAGCGUUUGGUUCAGCGAGCGUCCGUCUUGUAUAGUACACCACCCUGGCCCGUCCUUUGUCCUCUUCUUUUCAAACGGCAAUCGGCAGCAUUCAGCAGCAUUCAUUUUUUCACCCAAGAGCAAGAAACGCACGGCUUGUCGAGUCCCUUGAGACUGACAGUUACAAGAGUACCAUGUGGAGAACGACGAAGCAAUGGAGGCCUCCGCCUAUACACCUCCUAUUGUGGCUCGUCUUGGUCGUCGUGGUGGGACUCUUGACACCAGUAGAUGCCCGAUCACCCCACCCUGCCCCUCUGCGGAGAGCAACAACAGCCACCUCUCACUUAUCCAUCCUCCCUCGCAGGCCUAAAAACGGGCUCGUCCCACGACACUCGACCCUUCUCCCUCCGCCACCGUCUACUCUCAAACAUUCCGAUACCCUCGUCCUUACCCUCGACCUUCCUGAUCUCUUACCUUUUGAAGUAAAACUAUUUGUAAAACCCUCGGAACACAUGUUCCACCCUGAUGCCCGGAUAAAACAUGGGGAACAAGUUAUUGGAGAAUUGAGAGAAGAAGAUUGGAGACUGUAUACCGGUGAAGUAGUCCACCCAAGCUACAUUGACAGAUUGACCACUCUCCAUGCUAUUGGAGCUCACCAGCCGCUGUCCGAGAGGUCACAGAUCCUCGGCCGAGCGAGCGUGAUCGUUCACCAUCCCGGCGAUCUUGACGGACAUGAUGCAGUAUGGGAAGGGUCAUUCACCGUCGGCGGAGAGCUGUACAAUGUAGUGACCAGGGAGAAUUAUGAGAGGGUGAAGACAUGGGAAGAUGUCAAUGUCCAAGGUAUGGGCCGAAUGGUCAUUUUCCGGCAAAGUGACAUGAGGCACGACCAAGGCACCAACAAAACAAUACCUUCUUGUUCCCACGACUCAUUGGCAUUCAACGAUCUCUCCAACCCCGUAUUCAACACGUUCUCCACCCAUGAUACCUCUUCCUACUCCUUCCUCAACCCUUUGGGCAUGUUCUGGAAAAGAGACGAUACCGGCGGUAUGACCGGUUCGUCCAACUAUAUCAGCACGAUCAACGAUACCAGCGGUUGCCCCGAUACCCAAAAGAUUGUCUACAUGGGCGUCGCUCUCGACUGCAACUACGUUGCCGCUUAUGGUUCCCCUGACGCCGCCCGAACCCAAGUGCUCAACAACUGGAACCAAGUUUCAGCACUCUAUAAAUCAGCCUUCAAAAUCUCCCUCGGUAUCAUCGAGCUCCAAGUACAAAACAUCACCUGCCCCUCUACGCCCGUAUCAGGGGAAGAAUGGAACGUGGGGUGCGAUGCGAACAUUACCCUCGAUACCAGAUUGGGCGAUUUCAGCGCGUGGAGAGGAGCCAAGGGGGACGAUGGAGCCGGUCUUUGGCAUCUGAUGAGUGCGUGCCCGACAGACUCGGAAGUCGGGGUAGCGUGGCUCGGGACGUUGUGUCAGACGGAUAGCUCGGAGCAGAGUUCCGGCACGGUUUCGGGCACGGGGAUUAGUACCGCUACCAAGACGGAAUGGAGUUUGAUCGCUCAUGAAAUCGGGCAUGGGUUUGGCGCCAUUCAUGAUUGUACAUCAGGCUGCUCUCUCUCUGGCUCUUGCUGUCCCUUGACAACAUCCACAUGCGAUGCAAACGGUCAAUUUAUCAUGAACCCCACCACAUCCACGACAGAACAAACGUUCUCGGGGUGUACAUUGGGAAAUAUAUGCAGUAAUAUUGGGAAUAGAGCCGUGUCGACCAGCUGUAUAGAAACGCCGGGAGCUAGAGAUGUGAUCAGUCUACAGCAAUGUGGUAAUGGGAUUGUGGAAGAUGGAGAGGAUUGUGAUCCGGGAGGAAAUACGACUUCAACAUGCUGCGACUCUUCCACCUGUAAAUUCACCUCUGGCGCCGUCUGCGACCCUUCCAACUCUGCAUGCUGUACCUCCUCUUGCCAAUACUCACCGUCCAACACCACCUGCCGCCCGGCCGUGAACGAUAUCUGCGACUACGCCGAAUACUGUACCGGCACCUCUGCGAGCUGUCCAGAGGAUAAGACGGCAGAAGACGGGACAAGCUGUGGAUCGGAUGGCUUGGAGUGUGCGAGCGGGACGUGUACCAGUUUGGAUAAGCAGUGUAGUACGGCGGGGGCGACUAUGGGUUUGAGUGAAGCGUGUGGGCAAAGGGAUGAUACGAGCUGUGUGGUCACGUGUAAGGAUCCGAAUUCGACGAGUUCUUGUGUGGUACUUCAAACUCCUCUUGUGGAUGGGUCUCCGUGCGGUUACGGCGGCCAUUGUUACAACCAGACAUGUGAAUCCGGAUCAUGGCAAGCUACCGUUGCCGCAUGGUACAGACAAAACCUCCAAAUCGCAAUCCCAGUCACAAUCAUCGCCGGGUUGAUCAUCCUCGCCAUCCUGUUUUUCAUCGCGCGCUGCAUCUAUCGCUCCUGUUGCGGUCGUCGAGGUGCCCGUGCCGGUGGCGCCGCCCGAAAUACAAAAUACGUACCAGCAAACGGAGAUGCGUACUAUGGGCCCCCGCCAACCCAGUCGGGCGGCGGAGCGAUGCCAAUGUCGGCCGUGGCUGCGCCCCAACCGGCUUUGCAAAGGGGUUACGAGUCCCGUGCGUCGGUGGAACCGUUGAUGGCUGGUUCCGGUUCCGGAGUUGGUGCGGGGUAUGGUAGACCGAACACCGACUACGACCACGACCACCGUCAGGUCUAUCCUCCAGGUCAGAGGUAUUCGCAGGGGUAUGGAGAUACGUUUGAGGGACAAGGAUACGAGUACAACCAAGCGCCGCAGUAUAGCUCGUUUGCGCCGGGUACAGGUGGAGGAGGGGGAGGAGGAGGAGUAUACGGCCAGACGGGUGGAUGGGUGGAUGAUAGGACGUGGAAUGGACAAUAUUAUGGACGUCAGGAGGCUUAUGGGAGGUAAUCGACCAUUUUUGGGUUUCAGAGGACAAAUGUGAAGGUGACUGUUACGUAGUAAGGGGGGGUGAAUUUGAUCUAAUGGAAAGGAUAUUGUGACGUCUUAUAGCUGUGUAUACAUCAUAUCAUCUCUUGCAACAAUUGUAAACUGUAGUCAUGGGCUGUCAAGAAGAAUGACCCAAGGGGGUUUUACCAUGCAUUCCCUUGAAUUGGA